ACAAAUUUGUAGAAGAAGAUGAUCUAAGUAAGAAAAUCAUCUCUAAUGACACAACAUUGAGUAAAGAAUUCAGUUCAUCUAAAAUUACCAGCCCACCAAAGCCAUGUAAUAUUACUGCAAGAGACUCACAGGAUAUAACCAUAGGCCCUAAAACUGGGAACCCUAGACAUGAUGAUAACCUUUUUCUCAAGCCAGCUCAAACACCUAUGCUACAAACACCAAGCUCCUCCAAAAAGCGUACAAUGAACAUUCGCUAUGCACAAACCCAGCGGAGAACAUCAACCUGUCCUCAACCAGUUCAUCCAACUUCUACAACCUGCCCUGGUUUACAGAUCCCACCAUCCCCUGCUCUGUCAGAGUUUGACCAGGCCUUAAAAAUGCUGGCUAAUAAGAAACGGAAGCAACAUUCAAACAGAAGUUUGAUUGAUUGUUCUGAAACUAGUGGCAUUAGUUCCUUGAUGUCUGAUCACACUGAUAAUAUGAGUACACUUGGCCUUAAAGGUCAUAGUUCACAUGACAAACAUCGUGGUUCACAUUACUCCAAUAACUCAAGCCCUGCACAAGUUAUACCUUCUUUAUCUUUACAUGGGAUUAGGACAGAGCCGAAAACACCAAGGUUUAAGGAUUCUGAAAUUCAUAACUUAAAGCUUUCCACCCCACUUUGUCAAGUAUCACAAAGCAAAGGUAGAAAAAAGUCAUUGAAUGAUGUUCACUCAGUAAACUCCUUAUGUCCUGGAUGCAAGUCUGGUUCAGAUUUAAAUAGUAGGACACUCAACAUUGCUAUAGAAACAAGUGCCUAUACUUGUAGUUACCACCGAUCUCUCAGACAACAGGAACGAGAAUUUAUUAAAAAAAUUGUUCAAAACAAGAAGCCUGAAGCCCCAUACAAAGAAAAAAGUGUACGCCCAUGUAGAGAAGAUGUAUACCAUUUUACAUCAGAGAGUGAAAAGUCAGAUGUGUCUGUUUGUCCUGAUGUGUCACUCACUUCAGUUAGAAAUGCACUUAAAAAGAGGGAACACUUAAUAGAGCAUCGCAGACCCAGAAUAGCUUACUCAGAAAAAGAAAUUCAGAAUCUAAUAGAAGGGGUAUCUAAAAUGGGAACCUGCUGGCAUCAGAUUUUAUGUACCUAUGAGUUUCAUCCUACUCGCACUGCAGUUGAUUUGAAAGAUAAAUAUAAGAGGUUAAUGAAGACAAGUGAAGAAAUUAAAUCCAAACACAGAAGGUCACAGAAACCAUUCUCAAUGUGUGAAAUCAGACGCUUAAAGAGAGGUGUCAAAACAUUUGGGUACAACUGGAAAGCCAUAUUAGCAGAGGGUAAAUUUCUUCCAGGUCGUUCUUCAUCUGAUUUAAGAGAUAAAUGGAGACUGAUAAAUAAAGCUAAUUAAUUUAUUCAUGCCACAUAAGAUGAAUUUAGGUUUAUUAUAAGUUAAAACAGACAUAAGUUGUACGUUUUAUUUUGUUCAUCUAAAAAAAUUAGUUUCUUUAUUUAAAAUUUUCAAAGUUUUCUUUGAUAACAAAGAGCACAUUUUCUAGUCUUCUUAAUGAAUUUAACUUAAAUCUUUAAAAACACCUGUUACAUUACCAGGUAAUGCUGUACUUGUUUUCAUUAUUUUAGUCAUAUGCAAAAACUUAAAACUGUGAUACAGAACAGACAAGUCUGUCAGAUAGUUAGCCAAGCUGAAUAUUUUAGCUUUGUCUAGGU